CAGCACCAGCUCCAGCACCAGCAGAGACGCGCCGUACCACCCACCCAACAGGGAGGAUAGAGGCAGCAAUCCCCUUCUCGGACAGCCACCGACAGUUUGGACUCGUAACAGACCAAGUGGGGGAGAGGGGAGAGAUGGGGCUUGAGAAAAGGUUCCUCAACCCAUAACCCAUAUUCUACCCAUCAUCGCCCCAUCCUGGUGUGUCCCUGUGUCUGUCUGUCCCUGAUUGACCGAAAUAAUGCUGAUGCUGCUGCUGCUACUGUUGGUGUUGCUGGCUCUGCACACUUGGUAUGAAUGCACGGUUUCUGCUGCAAUUUGCAUAUGCAUCUGCCUUUGCCUUUUUUCUCUGUGCAUGUCCGAGUGGGUAACUCGAAUUGGUCGCUGUCUGGCCUAUCUUGCUCACCGCAGCAAAGAUGCGACCGUUCAUCCAAUUGUUCUCUCCAAUUCGCAAUCGCAAUCAAGCGCUCAACAAAGUGGCCGCGGCGGUUGGCAGUGACGUUUUAGGAAUGAUAGACUAGUAGAGGGGCACUCGAGAAGAUGCCCCCCCCAUCAAGGUCCAACACACACCAACAAAGCUUCAGGCAUAAACAACACACACACUAUGGCGCAGCCACUGGGCUCUCUCUUUGUCUCUUCUUUCUCGUUUUCGAUAAACAAAAGUAGAAAAAAUUAAAUCACACAUACCUUCAACAGAAAGUAGUCAGGGGAAUCUCGUUGUAGGAAUCCGGACGAUCAAUGUCCCGGAAUGGUUCCUCGCUAGUGUGUCGCUGUCUGUUAAUCCGUGUGCUGAGGGAACCGGCCGAGGGAAGACGAGGGAAGCAAGAGGAGCAAGUGAAGAACAAUAAGAGGAGAAGGAGGAAAUGAGAAGAGUUCAACAGCGGAGGAGGCGGGAGUGAGGGGUGGUGCCUUUUGUAUAGUAGAGUAAAGCUCCAGGCUGGACCACGACCACAGGAC